AACAAGAUGGCGGCCGCCAUGUCUUCUGAGAACUCACUCAGCAAAUUGCCGGGAUCUCCCAAAAUGCAACUCGGGCCCAGGAAGAUGUAUGGGGUGAUGGCUGUUCUGGUGUGUAACCUGUGUGAACAGAUGACGUACUACAGCGUCAUGGCUAACCUCAUCCUCUUCUGCACCAGCGUCCUCAACUACAGCAGCCCCGAGGCAGCCACCAUCAGCCUUGUCUUCUCGGGGACAGUCCUGUUCAUCAACGUGGCGGGGGGCUACAUCGCGGACUCGUUGGCGGGUCGGUACAACACGAUCCUUGGGGCUGGCCUCAUCUACCUGAUAGGUCUUGUGAUGAUUCCUGUCUCUUCCGUGGAUUAUAAGGAUGUGUUCGGCAGGUCAGAGGAUGGAUCUGCCCUGGACAUGACAGUGGAGGCGAGACGUGUCUACUUCCUGGGAGGCCUGGUGUUUGUUGCUCUCGGCACUGGUGGCAUCAGGGCGAAUAUCGGAGCCUUCGGGGCGCAGCAGGUGCAGGGGCUGGGCGAGCAGGCCGUGCAGUCCUUCUUUAACUGGUUCUACUGGUUCAUCAAUGCUGGAGCUCUGGUCGCCUUCUCUGGCGUGGCCUACCUACAACAGAACAACAGCUGGGUCUGGGGGCUAUCUGUCCCCUUCUUCAGCAUGAGUCUAGCCCUUGCAGUUUUUGUCCUGGCCAAGGGGACGUACCGUCACACACCACCAGCAGAGAGUGUGCUGACUGCUGUGUUCAGUGUGUGGCGUAAAGGAUGCGGACAUUUCGACAAGGUGAGGAAGACGAAAGGUGGACCGUAUGAUGACGUCACUGUAGAUGGCGCUGUCAGUGUGCUGAGAGUCAUACCUGUGUAUCUACUCAUGAUCUUCUACUGGGUCAUAUACUCACAGAUGCAGUCGACCUUCUUCUUGCAAUCAGAGAGGCUGAACAUUAAAAUUGGUGACGUCAAAAUCCCCGCCGCCAUGCUUGCCAUCUUUGACAUCCUCAUCAUCCUCGUGUUCAUCCCCCUCGUAGACCGAGUGAUAUACCCGCUCUUCAGAAGGUUGGGCCAUCCCCUCAAACAGCUGCAGAGAAUGGGAGUGGGCCUCCUGCUGGUGGGGGGUUCCGUGGUGACGGCGGGGGUAGUGGAGGUGUACCGGAAGCAGGUCAUGUCAGGUCGUGGCGCCGUCAUCCAGGUGCUUGGGGAUGAGAAGUUCAACGCAUCGUCCAUGUCUGUGCUUGUGCAGGUGCCUCAGUUUGCAUUUGUGGGAGCAAGUGAAGUGUUUGCCAGCAUUACAGGUUUAGAGUUCGCGUUUACACAAGCGCCCCCUUCAAUGCAGGGGCUCCUCACAGGGUUGUUUCUGAUGACCUGGGGACUAGGCAACUUUCUUUCAUCGGCCAUUCUUAAAAUAGUUGAAGUUGCCACGAAAGAUGAUCCCUGGUUUCCCGACGACAUCAAUAACGGAAAGGCAGAGUAUUUGUUCUUCCUGUUGGGCGGCAUGAUGCUCGUCAACUUCAUCAGUUUCGUGUUCGUAGCUCGCCGAUACACAUACACCCCUCUCCCCACCGAGGUGAGUGACGCCGAGGAGAGUGACGCCGAGGUGAGUGACGCUGAAGAUCAGACGGAAGAGGGGGCUCGGGUGACGACGGGAAAACCAUCCGAUACGACUUGACUUUUCUGCGUUUGUAAGUGAGUGUCAACAAUAAAUCUGAUUCAGAUUCCGGCGCAGUGAUGACUUAGCAUUAAACU